AAGUGCAAAAAGAAAAAACUUAAACCCCAACCUCUACUGGUAUAAAUUAACUGGCACAUGUAAAACCCUAACUCUCGCCUUCUUCUCCUCAAGCAGAGCAUACCCAAAAUCGAAGUUCACACUGAUUCCCUUUUACCGAAAUCCAAGUCUUGAUCUGAAAAUUUUCAGAUAAUUCAAUAAAAUGUCGAACCCAAAGGUCUUCUUUGACAUACUGAUAGGAAAGAUGAAAGCGGGUCGAAUUGUAAUGGAACUAUUUGCUGAUGUCACCCCUAAGACUGCUGAAAAUUUUCGUGUCCUCUGCACUGGGGAGAAAGGGAUUGGUAGAUCAGGGAAACCAUUACAUUACAAGGGCUCCACGUUUCACCGUAUCAUCCCCAACUUCAUGUGUCAGGGUGGAGACUUCACAAGGGGUAACGGGACUGGUGGGGAGUCAAUCCAUGGAUUGAAAUUCCCGGAUGAAAACUUCAAGUUGAAGCAUACAGGGCCUGGUAUUCUUUCAAUGGCAAAUGCUGGACCGAAUACAAAUGGAUCUCAAUUCUUCAUUUGUACUGAGAAGACACCAUGGCUUGAUGGUAAGCAUGUGGUGUUUGGAAAGGUUGUGGAUGGCUAUGGUGUGGUUAAAGAGAUGGAGAAGGUGGGGUCCGAUGAAGGGAUGACUUUGGAGACGGUUGCAAUAGAAGAUUGUGGUCAGGUAACUGAGAACUGAUGAUGGGAAAAUGAAGGAAUUUGUGAUGGAAAAUGAAAAUGUUUGGCAGAAGAAUAUGAUACAAUGUACUGUUAUUUAUCUGUCAUGGAAGUAAAUUGGAGAUUUGAAGGUAGAAGAUAUCUGCAAUUAGUAGCUCUGACUAAUAUGUUUUGUAUGCCUGAAUAUUGUCACAACUCUUCAAAAUUCUAUUUCGCAGUUUAGAUGAAAAUAGAAUGCAAAUUUUUGAAAAAUGUUGUUUAUUUUCUGUA